GCGUCUUACAAUAAAUGUAAAUGAUUCGUUUAUUAAUUUUAACUACUGUGGCCACAUCGUUCAAAAAUUUUUCAUUUGCAACAGCUGCAACCAUGGCUUUGCGAAGUGUAGACUUCGAAGUGUUUGGUCGAGUCCAAGGAGUCUUCUUUCGAAAGUUUACAAAACAAGAGGCAGAAAAGUUAGGCCUAAAAGGCUGGUGCAUGAACACCUCCAAGGGAACAGUGCAAGGUCAACUUCAAGGUCCAUCUGAUAAUGUAGAAAAUAUGAUGCGUUGGCUACGGACUACUGGGAGUCCUAGCAGCAAGAUAGAUAAAGCUGAAUUUAAAAAUGAAAAAGAUAUAACUGAGUAUUCAUUCAAUGAUUUCAGUAUUCGUAAAGAUUCUUAAUUGUAUUUGAUAAUGCAAUUGCUUAUAAUGCUUCUUGUGGUAUAUUUAACUUAUGUCGUUUAAAUUUCUUUGUGCUUUGAGUACAUUAUCUUUACUAUUUGAUAUUUGUAUUAGAAAAUGUAAAAUUAGUACCAUAUUCAACUCUUUCAUAUUUAAACUAAUCAAUGUGAAAGGUAGUAUGAAAUUAUUUAAAAUUAAACUACUAUAAAACAGUAUUAAUCAUUGUCAAGAAAUUACGUUGUUGUUAUUUUACUUAGUGCUUGAGAAAUAUAACUUAAGGCUUGAAAUAAGCUUAUUUAUUGCUUAGUAGUUUGAAAAAUGUUUCGGAAUAUUAAAUAUUUAUAUUAUUACGGUGAUAAUAUAAUAUUGAUUUAGCAAAAU